AUGGAGCUGAGGGUCGGAAACAAGUACCGUCUCGGGAGGAAGAUUGGGAGUGGAUCCUUCGGAGACAUUUACCUCGGUUCUAACAUUGCGACAGGAGAAGAAGUGGCCAUCAAGCUGGAAUGCGUGAAGACCAAACAUCCACAGCUCCAUAUCGAGAGCAAAUUCUACAAGAUGAUGCAGGGUGGAGUGGGAAUCCCAUCCAUUAAGUGGUGCGGAGCCGAAGGCGACUACAAUGUUAUGGUGAUGGAGCUGUUGGGCCCCAGUCUGGAGGACCUGUUCAACUUCUGCUCCCGUAAAUUCAGCCUGAAAACCGUCCUGCUGCUGGCUGACCAGAUGAUCAGCAGAAUUGAAUACAUCCACUCCAAGAACUUUAUCCACAGGGAUGUGAAGCCCGAUAACUUCCUGAUGGGCCUUGGCAAGAAGGGCAACCUGGUCUACAUCAUUGACUUCGGUCUUGCAAAGAAGUACCGCGAUGCCCGGACACACCAGCACAUCCCCUACCGUGAGAAUAAGAACCUGACUGGAACCGCCCGCUACGCUUCCAUCAACACCCACUUGGGUAUCGAACAGUCCAGGCGAGAUGACCUGGAGUCUUUGGGCUACGUCCUCAUGUAUUUCAACCUAGGCUCUCUGCCCUGGCAAGGGCUCAAGGCCGCCACCAAGAGGCAGAAGUACGAACGCAUCAGUGAGAAGAAAAUGUCGACCCCUAUUGAAGUUCUCUGCAAGGGAUACCCAUCUGAGUUCUCCACCUACCUGAACUUCUGCCGUUCCCUGAGGUUUGACGACAAACCCGACUACUCGUAUCUGAGGCAGCUCUUCAGGAACCUCUUCCACAGACAAGGCUUCUCCUACGACUACGUCUUUGACUGGAACAUGCUGAAGUUUGGGGCCAGCAGAACAACAGAGGAAGGAGAGAGGGAGAGGAGGGAGGGAAAAGAGGGGGAGGAGCGAGCAGGAGGAGGCCAAAGAGGAGCCGGAGGUCGAGCUUUGCCACCUGGUCCAAAUCCUUCAGCGGCCAAUAGGGUCCGGAAUGAAACAGAUGCUGCUCCCUCAAACCCAGCUGCUCGUGGAGUACAGCAGUCAGGUAACCGCUCCCCUCAGGCUGGGAGAGCCGAGCGUGCUGAGCGAGAGAGGAAGGUCGCCAUGAGGCUUCACCGUGGGGCCCCCGCCAACGUGUCCUCCUCUGACCUAACAGCACGCCUCGACCAAUCACGCAUCACCGCAUCACAGGUCAGUGUGCCGUUUGAACAUCUGGCAAAGUGACUUCCUCCUGUCUGGAUUUCAGGUCAGCAGCAGUUGCAGGGUAUCAAAUACUGCUUACUUUUAAAAUGGAUGAAUGAAAACAUGAAUGCAUGGAGGAGGAGGAGGAGGAGAAGGAGGAGGAGAACCUCGCCGGCCUUUAAAAGGACGAUUGAAGACGUCUGUGUGUCUGUCCAUAUGCUGUGUGAACACUGGAGGAGCCAAAGGAAUGCCGGAAUAUUGGAACCCACUGGGUCCGCCUCUGGAACUGGUUGGUUCUACUUUUAGCGUGCAGCUGGAGAAAGGGGGCCUCCAAACCCCUAAUUCAGUCACAUCCACCCGUUUGUCCACUCACAGGUUCAACUUGCAAAAAAAAAAAAAAAAAAAAAAAAAAAAAGAUAAAAAUGCACAAAAUGGACUCGGUUCUUUUGUGGUUUACAUGUGUCACAGUCAACUUUAACUACCAACCUGCUAACCUGCUGCUUACGGCCUCUGAAAACAAAUAUAAAUACAAAGAAGUCAAGGAGGCGUCGCAGGAGGUGGAGCAAAACUACAACCUUCAAGAUGGAAUGAUUGGAAAAGGACCAAGGAGGAGAAGAUGAAGGAAUGUGAAAGUCUGCAGGGAAUUUGUGGAUAAAAGCAAAGCUGCUUUCUGUCAAUAAAUGUCUGUGUAUGUUAUUAUC